CGGCCGGUUCCGGCUGAAUGUCAGUGCGGGGCUGUGGGCGGGGGAGGAAGGUGCUUGCCGGUCUCUCCGCCGCCCCCGCCGCUACCGGCUGGGCUUGAGAUGUUGCCCCGGACGCCGGGACGCCGGGCGGAUCGGACAUGAAAACCUGAGGCGGGCGGCGGGACUGGGCUGCGGACAUGUUCGGCCGCUCGCGGAGCUGGGUGGGCGGGGGCCACGGCAAGUCCUCUCGCAACAUCCACUCCUUGGACCACCUGAAGUACCUGUACCAUGUUUUAACCAAAAACACCACCGUCACAGAACAGAACCGGAACCUGCUGGUGGAAACCAUCCGUUCUAUCACUGAGAUCCUGAUUUGGGGUGAUCAAAAUGACAGCUCUGUAUUCGAUUUCUUCCUGGAGAAGAAUAUGUUUGUUUUCUUCUUGAACAUUCUGCGGCAGAAAUCAGGCCGUUAUGUGUGUGUCCAGCUACUACAGACCUUGAACAUCCUCUUUGAGAACAUCAGCCAUGAGACAUCGCUCUAUUAUUUGCUGUCUAAUAACUAUGUAAAUUCGAUCAUUGUCCAUAAAUUUGACUUUUCCGAUGAGGAGAUCAUGGCAUAUUACAUAUCGUUCCUGAAAACACUUUCGUUAAAGCUCAACAACCACACUGUCCAUUUCUUCUACAAUGAGCACACCAAUGACUUUGCCCUGUACACAGAAGCCAUCAAGUUCUUCAAUCACCCCGAGAGCAUGGUUCGAAUUGCUGUGAGAACCAUCACCCUGAACGUCUACAAAGUGGAUAACCAGGCCAUGCUGCACUACAUCCGAGACAAAACCGCUGUCCCAUACUUCUCCAAUUUGGUCUGGUUCAUUGGGAGCCACGUGAUCGAACUUGACAACUGUGUGCAGACUGAUGAGGAGCACCGGAAUCGGGGAAAACUGAGUGACCUGGUGGCUGAGCACCUGGACCACCUGCACUAUCUCAAUGACAUCCUGAUCAUCAACUGUGAGUUCCUCAACGAUGUGCUCACAGACCACCUGCUCAACAGGCUCUUCCUGCCCCUCUAUGUGUACUCACUGGAGAACCCGGACAAGGGAGGAGAGCGCCCAAAGAUCAGCCUGCCGGUGUCCCUCUAUCUUCUCUCCCAGGUCUUCCUCAUUAUACAUCACGCCCCACUGGUGAACUCUCUGGCUGAAGUCAUUCUGAAUGGCGAUCUAUCUGAGACAUACACAAAGCCUGCGCAGGAUGUUCCCAGAAGUUCUGCCAAGCCCAGCAUCCGGUGCUUCAUUAAGCCCACUGAGACACUUGAGCGGUCCCUUGAGAUGAACAAACACAAGGGCAAGAAGCGGAUGCAAAAGAGACCCAACUACAAAAACGUUGGGGAGGAGGAGGACGAGGAGAGAGGGCCUGCUGAAGAUGCCCAGGAAGACGCUGAGAAGGCUAAAGGUACAGAGGGUGGUUCAAAAAGCAUGAAGACAAGUGGGGAGCGUGAAGAGAUUGAGAUGGUGAUCAUGGAGCGCAGCAAGCUGUCAGAGCUGGCCACUGCUGGGGCCUCAGUGCGGGAGCAGAACACCACGGACGAGGAAAAGAGUGCUGCCACAGGCUCAGAGAGCAUGCAGUGGAGCAGGCCCUUCCUGGAUAUGGUAUACCAUGCCCUGGACAGCCCUGAUGAUGAUUACCAUGCCCUCUUUGUGCUCUGCCUCCUAUACGCCAUGUCUCAUAACAAAGGCAUGGAUCCUGAAAAACUGGAGCGAAUCCAGCUCCCGGUGCCAAGUGCAGUUGAGAAAACCACCUACAACCAUCUGCUAGCUGAGAGACUCAUCAGAAUCAUGAACAAUGCUGCCCAACCAGAUGGCAGGAUUCGGUUGGCCACACUGGAGCUGAGCUGCCUGCUCCUAAAGCAGCAAGUGCUGACCAGCUCCAGCUGCGUCAUCAAGGAUGUGCAUCUGGCCUGUCUGGAGGGCGCAAGAGAAGAGAGUGUCCACCUUGUACGGCAUUUCUAUAAGGGAGAAGAGAUUUUUUUGGACAUGUUUGAGGAUGAGUACAGGAGCAUGACAAUAAAGCCCAUGAAUGUGGAAUAUCUCAUGAUGGAUGCUUCUAUCCUCCUGCCCCCAACGGGCACUCCACUGACUGGCAUUGAUUUUGUGAAGCGGCUGCCCUGUGGUGAUGUGGAGAAGACGCGGCGGGAGAAGUUCCCAGAAGCAGAAUUUCUGGUUCAAAGGGCCAUCCGGGUAUUCUUCAUGCUGCGUUCCCUGUCACUGCAGCUGCGUGGGGAACCUGAGACCCAAUUGCCACUGACUCGGGAGGAGGACCUGAUCAAAACAGAUGAUGUCUUGGAUCUGAGAAACACAGCCUUGGAGAACUCUAGCAGCAGCAGCAGCAAGAGUCUGCUGACAAGUCCCGAGUCUUCGGUCCUGCAUGGCAGGUACCAUACUGAAGAUAACAGCGACCUGAUCGCAUGCACAGUCAUCACCAAGGAUGGCGGCAUGGUUCAGCGCUUCCUGGCUGUGGAUAUUUACCAAAUGAGCCUGGUAGAGCCUGAUGUGUCCAGACUCGGCUGGGGAGUGGUCAAGUUUGCAGGCCUUCUGCAGGACAUGCAGGUGACAGGAGUGGAGGAUGACAGCCGUGCCCUGAAUAUCACUAUCCACAAGCCUGCCUCCAGCCCACACUCUAAGCCCUUCCCCAUCCUGCAGGCCACCUUCGUGUUCUCUGACCAUAUCCGUUGCAUCAUCGCCAAACAGCGCCUGGCCAAGGGCCGCAUCCAGGCCAGACGGAUGAAGAUGCAGAGGAUAGCUGCCCUUCUGGACCUCCCAAUCCAGCCUACAACUGAAGUCCUGGGAUUUGGACUUGGCUCCUCCUCCUCCCAGCACCUGCCUUUCCGUUUCUAUGACCAGUGCCGCCGAGGCAGCAGUGACCCCACAGUGCAGCGCUCUGUGUUUGCAUCCGUAGACAAGGUGCCAGGCUUUGCUGUGGCCCAGUGCAUAAACCAGCACAGCUCACCAUCCCUGUCAUCACCAUCACCACCAUCUGCCAGUGGGAGCCCCGGCGGCAGUGGGAGCACCAGCCACUGUGACUCAGGGGGCUCUUCCUCCACACCCUCGGCAACCCAGAGCCCAGCAGAUGCCCCCACAACUCCAGAACAGCCUCAGCCUCACCUUCCAGUCCAGUCGGUGACUGUGAAUGAAAUGGACGUCAACUCCAAGCCCAGCAAGAACUUGGCCAGGAACUCUGAGGUGGAGACUAUGCACCUGUCCCCCAGCCUUCUCCCUGCCCAGCAGCCCACCAUCUCCUUGCUCUAUGAGGACUCUGCUGACACACUGAGCGUUGAGUCGCUGACCCUUGUGCCCCCGGUCGAUCCCCACAGCCUCCGAGCCCUCACUGGCAUCCCCCAGCUUCCUGCACUGGCCACAGCGGGCCCAGAGACCCCAAAUGAGGACACUGUAUGCCCAGAGCCUGCAAGCCCCACAGAGCACUAAGUGGGCACCCAGGGAUCUCCCUUUGUGUGUGCGGCCUGCUGGUAGGGACCCCAGUGUAGUUUUUGACAGCAAGACACAACGGGAGCACCCACAGUUCUCCAUGGCCUUGGAAGCUAUUCCUGAUACCUCUCCCUGCAAGACAGCCAUGGACCACUGGAGUUUCUCAUUUGCUCUGACCUCUUCCUGAACAGGCUGGGAUCCCAGAGGCAGCCUUCUGUGUACAGGUGAUGGCACUGGCUGCCCAGAGGGGUCCCAACAGCCCCGGGUGGCACCCUCCUUCAGGCAGCUCCCUUGUUUUCUCUCCCCGUACGCACAGAAGCGGACAAGGUUACUUUGGGUAGAACUCUGUAGAGAAGCACCUAGAUAAAUAUCUCUUUCAGGCUAUUUAUUUCUGGUUUUGGCAACAGGUGAAGAGAUUUAUUUAAAAAGUACUAUUUGCAGGGGGGGGGGAGCAAAAAGAAAAAGUCCUCAACCGUAAGGCUCCAAGUCACAUUAGAAGUGCCAGCUGUUAAGGUUCCCCUUCAGUAGAACUUUGCCAUGUUUUUAUUCUGAGGUUGUGGGUGUCACUUCACUCUGUUUUCCCUGAGUGACUCUUGUUUCUCUGUCCCCAAAUUUCUACAAGCCUGUGGGAUGAUAAAACCUCUCCCUGAAAAAUUUUAAAUACUUGUGAACAAAAGAAAUAUGGCCAUAUGGAGUGAGAAAGCCAGCUUUGUGCUGUAAUCUAGGUGACAUUUGCUCCCUGCUCAGGAUACCACAUAGGCACAACUUGCCAUCAGGCUUACUACCUUCUCUUUUCAUCCAAGAAAGAUCACUGAGACCAAGGAGGCCCUAGUCCAAGUGGCCAUGACAGAAGUCAAAGGGUUUAAGACACAGGAAGUCAUCCUCAGAUGUAACCAGCUUCCCCAAUAUGCAUAUGAAUGCCCAACCAGGGGCCCAGCUGCAAAUCAGGUGACCCAAAAGCAGACUCUUCCCUUCCCUGGCCAUUGCUGCCUCUAGCACACGGCUUGUCUCAGUAUGAAAAUCCCAACUUGUAGGUAUGUGCCAGCAAAACCCAGAUCUGUCCUAUCAGCCCCAGCUUUCCUUUGCAUGCAGUCAGCCAGAUCAGCACUCACGCUCCAUGGCAAGGCUUUCUGUGUCUUUCCUGCCAGUACGCCUCAUCCAGUGUCUCUAUCUACCAAAGGUUAACCACGAGGGUACCCCUGGGGAGGCCUGUCACCAUCUACCCAUCAGAAGUCCUUGCCACCUCUGUUCAGCCCCACUUCCCUGCAGCCCAGUGCUCUCCAGGAGGGAGUGGUGCCCAUGUGGACUGGCCUCUCUGGUCUUUAAAAGCACUUCUGCCUAGAGGCAGAAGCUCCAAAGGCAUAGUGGCAAGAAAGGAUGUGCCCGGAGGGCUAGCAGAGCCCCUGGAAAGGGAGGGAGUGAUGGGCAACCCAAAGAAGGGUUCUCCCAGACCCCCACAACCAACCCUGGGUAUUUCUUGAUCAUCUGCAGGAAGGGGUAGUCAGAGGAGCAGGCACUUUGGGUUGUGAAAUGGCAGUUGCGAGGGCAGCUUAAAUGUUAUAAAAUGCAGUGUGGCCAGAGAGAGAUGCCUGCAGCCACCCUUAACCCACCCCUGCAGGUGGGCCCCACCCCUUGGGACUAGCCUCUUCUCUGCAGUCAGGAGGUUUCAAGGAAGGGUAAAGGGAGCAAGGUGGUCAGCAAAACUCUGAAAGAGCAGCUGCUAUGUAGUAUUCAUCAAGGACAAGCCUGCCCUCCACACCCCUUGUAGGUUGUUUUCCGAAGGCUUCUGCAGCCAGGCACCCGGGAGCACCUCCAAGUGCGCAAAAAUGAACUUCCUGUGCACAGAGUCCUUGGCCCUUUGCUGAUGGGGAGUCCUGGAGGAAGGAGCUGGCCAGGACGCUUCCUCACUAGGUCUUGAUGGCAGUGGGCACAACCCCAGUCCUCAGGAACACCUUCCUAUCUUGGCAGAUGCUUCCAAGCUGCAGGACCCACCAGAGAGAAUAUACUGGGUCUCCCAUGGUCAGCAGUGGGAGGGUAGAACUGAGGGAUAUCAGGUCUUAAAGGGCACACAACUUCUGACUUAGAGGUCCCAGAAUCAGCCUUCAGAACUGUUAGUCCCAUCUCCAAGGGCAUGCAUGCCAUGCCUGCCUGGUCUCUCUCCCUUCUGGCCACUUCCCUGAGGCAGACUAGCAGAAGCUGUCCACAUAAGCCCCACUUCUCAGCUUUGACCAUCACCAUAGAGAAUGGAGCACUGCCCCUCCUAUUUGGAGGCAUGGGCAGGCGGGAUACUUCCCACAGGUCAGACUCAGUGUAGUGGUGAGCUCCCCUGUAUGAUGGAGGGUGGUGGAAGAGGCUUCCAGAGCUGACCCUCUCUGCUAUCUCACCCAGCCUAGCCACCCACCCAAAUACUUGGAUGUCAGGGGGCUGGAUGACUACAUCCCCUCCUAAGGACAACACUGGCUUUCUCUGUGGCCUCCAAAAUUCACAGUUGUAAAUAAGGCACAGGUAAGCCAGGUCUGGUCUUUUGUAGAUGCAAUAAAUAUAUUCCAUGCAGUAACAAUGGGUAGAGGUUAACUGCUUCCUCCCUCAGAGCUGAAGCUGUAAGGGACAGUGGCAGAAGGGGACAGGGCUGGAAGCUCUGGCCAGGGGAAGUGCCUGUUUCUGCCAACGGAUUAGGCUUUAUGGGGACUAAACUUGAGGGGGGCAUGAAAGCUAGAACUUCCUUGUAAGUUGGAAACUUGGCAAUAAAAGUAAA